AUGAAGUCCUUCGCUGUCAUUGCACUCGCUGCCUCGGCCUCCGCUGCCUACAUUAACGGCACUGCUCCCGUCAACGGAACUGUCUACACCACCCAGACUGUCACCGCCCUGACCACCUACUGCCCCGCUGCCACCACUGUUGUCCAGAACGGCAAGACCUACACCGUCAGCUCUGCCACCACCCUGACCAUCACCGACUGCCCUUGCACCAUCGUCAAGCCCGUCCCUACUGCCCCUGCUGGCAACGGUACCGCCACUGCUACCAAGCCCGCCGUCUACACCGGUGCCGCCAACAACAUGGUUGCCGCCGGCUACGGAUUCGCCGCCCUCGGUGCCGCCGUCGUCCUUCUGUAA